UAGUGUAACUCUGUUAAUACUUUUGGUUUUAAUUUUGGUUAAAAAAUAAAGAAGAAAUAAAAAGACCAAACAUGGGAAAGAAAAACAAGAAGGAGAACAAGGGUAAAGGAAAGGAGAAGACGGCGCAGAAAACGGAAAGAAAAGCUCAGAAACGAACCAAAAAAGAACUGGCAGAGAAGGGAGAAGAAGACAUAGAAAAUCUCAUAGCUGAAUUCAAGAAAAAAGACAAACAACAAACUGAAGUUGUGGAAGAAAAGUGUGAACCACCCUCACCAAGAUGCAGCAUGACCAUGACAGCACACCCAGAUAAAGAGGAACUCAUCAUGUUUGGUGGAGAAUAUUUCACAGGAAACAGUAUGUUUGUCUAUAAUGAUCUUUUCUUCUACAACAUCAGGAAGAACGAGUGGAUGAAGGUCACUUCCCCAGGUGGUCCUCCGCCAAGAAGUGCUCACCAGGCUGUUGCUUUACACCAGUGUGGCGGUCAGCUGUGGAUCUUUGGUGGAGAAUUUUCAAGCCAUUCCCAGCUUCAGUUCUACCAUUAUAAGGAUCUCUGGGUGCUUCACUUGAAGGAAAAGAGAUGGGAAAAAAUCAAUGCACCGGGAGGCCCCACAUCUAGAAGUGGACAUCGCAUGGUGGCAGUAAAGAAACAACUCAUCAUCUUUGGUGGUUUCCAUGACAACAUCAGAGACUAUAAGUACUACAAUGAUGUGUACGCCUUCAAUGUGGAGUCGUACACGUGGACCAAACUCGAUGUGUCGGGAACCCCCCCACUGCCUCGUUCAGGUCACGUGAUGGCCGCCAUGCAGGAUCAGCCCAGAGUGAUGGUUUAUGGCGGCUACAGCAAAGAGCGGCUCAAGAAAGAAACUGACAAGGGCAAAACUCACACAGAUAUGUUUAUCCUUGUCCCAGAAGGACGCACAAAAGAUGAUCCUUCUCCAACAAAAUGGCGGUGGCAAGCAGUAAAACAAACAGGAAGUUGUCCGUCUGCUCGCUGUGGCCUCUCUCUGACAGUUGCCCCUGGUAACCGAGCCAUUUUGUUCGGAGGAGUCCAUGAUGAGAAUGAGAAUGAAGAGGAACUGGAAGGGACAUUCUUCAACUCUCUUUUGCUGCUUGAGUUGGACAAGUGUCGGUGGCAUAACAUCAGUAUCAGAGGAAAGAAGGAAGAAAGUGAGAGAAAGAAAAGGAGACGGAAGGUGAAAGAUGAAGACGGCGAGGCAAUGGCGGAAUCUGUGGAAUGUGAUGACGAACACGUUCACUCUGCAGAAGACAACUUACAACAGUUAAGUUUAGAAGUGGACACACAGGAUGAACCGGACUCCGUGGACACUACAUAUGAUGACGGGAUAUUUAAAGUGACCGUCGGACCGCAGGGAGUGUCUGCCGAUGGGGAUGGCAUGUCGGAAUUGGACAUGGAUGUGGAGAUAUUCCGACCGUCACCACGCAUGAACACCGUGCUUGUGGUGAAGAACGGGGUGCUGUUUCUCUAUGGGGGGCUGUACGAGGAGGGCGAUAAACAGGUGACGCUGGCCGAUUUCUACUCUCUGGAUCUGCAGAAGCUUGAAGAGUGGAAUGUCAUCAUCCACGAAGACAAGAAGUUACAGGUGUGGGUGGAUUCAGAUUCAUCAGGUGAUGACGAGGAGGGGGAGGGGGAGGAGAUGGAGGGAGCGUGUGGAGGUGAAGAGGAAUCUUCAAGUGAUUCGGAAGAAGACAUGGAGAUCACGUUUGAUGAUGCACCGCCAUUUACUGAGAACGAGUCCUGUGCGGACUAUUUUGAUCGUUGUAAGGACUACUGGACUCAGCAAGCUAGGACUAUCAAUGAAGACGAACACUUGGGCAUUUCCAUGGAGAAAUUAGAGAAAUUCGCCAAAGAAAUUUGUGCAAGUGCCUUUAACAGUGAAAAAUCCACAAAGUGAAAACUCUUGAAGAAAGUUACUUUGUUUGUUCUGUUAUUCAUGUUAUGUACAAUUGCCACUCUUCGUAAAGGGUCAUAUUAAAAAUAUGACCUAAAUGUAUGGGUCAUAAAUGUUAGAAAAAGCCUUAUUAGCAUAGAUUUUCUGGAUUUUUGUUUGCAGUAAUAAUAAUUGGGAGGGGGGAUGUCUACCAAUCCAUCCACAGCUGAAAUGGUAGAUAAGUAAGAACUUCUUGAAAAUUAUUCACGUGAAUAAUAUUAAAACAAAUGAACCUUUGUUUUAAUAUUAUUCAUGUGAAUAAUUUCCUUUUCCCAUUCUAACUCAUUCAUGGUAUGCCCAGAGUCCAGCUUUUAGAAUAAACCAUCUCUCUUUGAAAACAAGUGAUAGAAAAGGAUACUAUUCCUCACUGGAAGCAUGUUCAGAAAGAUUUUAAAAAGGCACCACAAUUCAGGGCUCUUGAACACAAUUUCCUUAUCAGGGCAAUGAGCUGGAAAAAAACUACGUUAUGAGAUGUUGAUUUUGAAUAAAGAUUUUUUUAAAAAGUCAAGGGUCAUCAAAAGCAUGAAAGCUCUGAAUGAACUAUACAGUUGAGCACCGUUGUGUCGAACUUGCUUGAGUUGAUAUAUCGCUUGUAUCGAUAUGACUGGCCGCUCCCGGCCAAAACGUGUAUUAACUAUCAUGAUUUUAUCUCUGUCAAUAUUAAGUUUGUUUCAAUAUAUUUUUUGGUCACAACAUAGACUUUUAUAUUGAAAAAUGUCUCUCUAUGUGUCAAUAAUAAUAUUGUGUGUUAAAAUAAAUAAAAUAUUUUAAAAAGAUAAA